GCAAAAAUAAUUAUGAAGCAUUCUUCCUCUUCAUUGGCUAGUAAUAAUAUCAGCAGUAUAAAGGCAUGAUAAUUGCCAUCGAAAUCAACGGAGUAUGAGUUUAGGCGGCCCUGCGCAUGAAUCAUUGCUUUCUAAGCCUCAUUCUCAACAACCUGCACAGACAAUUGAAUUGAGUGAUUAUGUUGUUCUUGUUGUGGAGAAUAGCCGUUUUAUUGUCAAUCCAGCUCGUUUGAUUGCUAAAUCAGAUACAAUGCUUGGUCGGAUGUUUGCAAUGCGAGCACGCAAUGCAGGAGCCUCUAAUGUUUCUGUUAUGUCAAAUAAUGGUUGCAAUGAUGUGAACGGUAUUCUCGAUCUUGUCAGACCUAACGACCAAAACGAAUAUGACGUGGCUGAGGGUAUUUCGGCACCAUGUUUUCGAGUUAUAAUGGAUUACUAUCAUCGAGGGAUAAUGAAUUGCCCACCAAAUGUUUCUGUCUCUGAAUUACGAGAGGCCUGUGAUUAUCUUAUGGUGCCCUUUAAUGUGAAUACUGUUAAAUGUCAAGACUUACGUUCACUUCUACAUGAGAUUAGCAACGAAGGAGCGCGGGGACAAUUUAAUGUCUUUUUGGAGGAAAUAAUUUUGCCUCAAUUAGUGAUUGCUGCAGAGAGGGGUGAACGAGAAUGCCAUAUUGUUGUUUUAAUGGAUGAAGAUGUGGUCGAUUGGGAUGAGGAGUAUCCACCUCAAAUUGGUGGUGAAGAUGUUCCACAAGUUGUCUACAGUACUCCUUUAUAUAAAUUCUUCAAAUAUGCUGAGAAUCGUGAUGUUGCAAAACAAGUAUUAAAAGACCGAGAAAUGAAGAAAAUUCGUCUUGGAAUGGAAGGAUAUCCAACACACAAAGAAAGAAUUAAAAGACGUUUUAACCGGACAGAAGUUAUGUACAAUUAUGUCCAGAGACCUUUUUUGCAUUCAUCUUGGGAAAAGGAAGAAGCCCGUUCACGACAUGUUGAUUUUGCUUGCCCUAUUGUAAAAAGCAAAUCAAAUCCAAGUUUGGCGUCUGCUGCUUCAGACCCAUUGCCUCAGCCUGCUCCCUUACAAAAUAACAAUAAUGCGAAUAAUGACCAACAUUUUCAUCAUCAUUAUAACGAGCAACACAAUCAUCAACAAGUUCAUAUUCUUCAUAAUAGCCAACAACACGAACAAAGAAACCAUGAUAGAGAACAGAUGAAUGAACAACAUCAGCCUUCAUAUCAGAAUAAUAAUAAUCAGUCUAAUCAAGAUGAACAACAAAAAACUAAUAAUUUGCUUUUAAAUGUAGCUGUGUCGAAUAUGCAUCUGGGUGUUGGAGGACAGCGCCAAUCUUUACGUUCACCUCCCGCACAACUUGUGCCAUCCGAUCUCUUGGAGCAGCAAAAUACUGAUGAGGGUAACAGUAGUCAGAAUGAAUAAA